GCCAAUCACAGCAGCCUUUUAGCAUGCCCAUCAGUGACACCCAGCAGUGACCUAGCAGUGCCACCCACCUGUGCCCUGCAGUGCCGCCUAUCAGUGUAGCCUGUCAAUGCCGCCUCUCAGUGCCUCCUAUCAGUGCCACCUCAUUAUCGCACAUCAGGGACAUGUACACUGAUCAUCAGGGCACUGAUGAUCAGUGUGCCCUGAUGAUCAGUGCCACCUGUCAGUGUCCAUCAUUGCCUUAUGUCAGUGUCUCGUACCAGUGUCACAUCAAUGCCACAUAUCAGUGCCCAUCUGAGCUGCCU